GAAUCAUCUUCAAAUAAUUUUCUGUGCUUUACUAAAUGUUUGAAUGUGGUUAUGUAUAUAUGGGUUCUCUUUUGAAAUUGUUAUUUUAUGUCCAAUAACUCCUUCAACUGAAAUUUUAUGACAACCCACUAUUUAAGAUGUCUGAGCAGUUCGACAUGGCCCUCUACAGCUUAUUGAGGCUAGCUCACUAGCUUCACACUCGUAGCAACGCUCUCAGCAGACCUGGAAAAGUAUAGCUAGCGCCUCAUUGAAAAUAAAAUGUUGGCUAAUUAAACAGUUCUCCUUAAAUAAGUUAGUUAUUCGAGAUUAAUGGGAAAAGAAAGUUAAUUGUAAUGGAGGAAAAUCCGAGUAAUGGCAACCUCGUAUCAGUUCGGACGAAUUUGACCUUAGUCACCAGCAGCCGAAGACAUGCGAAAAAUGUUUUCCCAUUCCCACAAGAGGAGGACGUUGAAUUUGACACCUCCGAUUCCAUGGGGAACAGUGAUGUUCUGGUGGGUGGCAAACAGUACACGUCCAUCCAGGAGUUUGCCUCCGCCAUCCCAAACCACCUGCUGCUGGGCUCACUGCUGGAGCACCUGUGCUUUGUGUAUGAGAAAAACCCACACCGCUCUCGCCUGCUCUUCAAAGUGACUGGUCAACGUUUGGCUGCAAUGAACCUUCUGUCUCCACUGGCAUUCAGUGAUGAGUUCAGCACAGUGAGGCUGCAACACAACAGAGCCUUCACUGAGCUUCUCCGUGCUGCUAGUACAUCGCUGUUCCCUCAGGAUCAUAAGUAUUUAAAUUCUGAUAACCAGAGCGUUACAUUAAGAUCAAAGGAGGGCCUCUUCCAAGCACAGACAUCUCGCUACCUCAGUGAGUUUGAGGAAAUAUGUACACUGGGCAAAGGCUCAUAUGGCAAAGUCUUCAAGGUGCUCAACAAGUUAGAUGGCCAGAAUUACGCUGUGAAGAAGGUUCAUAUCAAGAGUGUCACAAAGGAUGACUGCAUGAAGGUUCUCCGGGAGGUGAAGGUAUUGUCCAGUCUGCAGCAUGCCAAUAUAGUGGGCUAUCACACUGCAUGGAUGGAGCAUGUGCAACCUGCAGUGAAAACUGCCAAAUCCAUCCCUUCCAAAUUUCCAGCUCUGGAAACUAAUUCAUUGAGAGACGACAGUGCAGAGGAGAGUGAUGCCAGCAGCGUUGGCUCCUCCAUUGUGUUCAGGAGCUCUGGGAGUGCACAGGAUGCACUCACGGAUGUGAAGGCUUCAGAAAGCGCCCAGGAGCCAGGCUCAGUCUCCAGAGACCAGCAGAGCCCGGCGGCGUGUCCCAAAGCAGCCCUCAGCGAGGAGGACUACGUCCCCUGCGUGUUCCUGGGCCCGCAGCGCUCGGGGGCAGCUGGUUGCCCAGCUGCCAGCAGGGAGGGGUCAGCUCUCACAGGAGAGGAGCUCAGCAGGAACCAGCUGGAGAUUAAUAACAACUCCUACAUGGACGUGGACAGCCAGGUGUGGGAGGAGAAGUGCCCUAAGGAGGUGCAGUUCUGCCUCAUGCUGUACAUCCAGAUGCAGCUGUGUGAGCUCUCCCUUAGAGACUGGAUCCUGGAGCGCAACAGCAGGCCCAAAGAGGACCUCUCAGACGCCGAUCCUUACGGAUGUGUGGAUACAGAACGUACAUUCAACAUUCUUCGGGCAAUACUUGAAGGGGUGAAAUAUAUUCACUCAAAGGGAAUCAUGCACAGAGACCUUAAGCCAAGAAAUAUUUUCCUUCAUGGACUUGACUGUCACGUGAAGAUUGGAGACUUUGGCCUUGCUUGCAGAGAUAUCAUUGUGGAUGACCCUAUGCAGCUACCCACCAGCUCACACACCAGUGGCUCCUCACACACCACUGGGGUUGGAACAUUUGUCUAUGCUUCUCCUGAACAACUGGAAGGCUCUCAUUAUGACUCGAAGUCAGACAUGUACAGUGUUGGCAUGGUUGCACUGGAGCUCUUCCAGCCAUUUGGAACUGAGAUGGAGCGCGUGCAGAGAUUAGGGGAACUGCGGCAGGGGAAGGUUCCAGAAGCCUUGUCCGAGCGCUGGCCGGAGCUGGCCAAAUAUAUCUGCCUGCUGACCAGCCCAGAUCCCUCACUCCGGCCCAGCGCAGCCCAACUACUGCAAAGUGAACUCUUCAGCGGCACGGACAGGGUUAUCUGCAGAUUACAGAGGAAAGUUCAGGAGCAGGAAGAGGAGAUUGUUCAGCUGAGAAGACAAAUCAGCGAACUGCAAAGCUCACAAAAUGCAAUGCAACAGACGGACCUGACUUGACUACACAAUGGAAGAAGCUGCUUAUAUCAGGCUUAAAUUUAUGUGUACCAUAUGUGAAUAAAUUAUUGCAGAUUACAGUUUUAUGAGAAUCACAUUCUACAUUUGACUGUGCCAUUUUACAUUACUAAAAAAGUAAACCUUGUGACUGUGA